CAAAAACAGUUUAUAAGCAGUGCACACAAAUUGGAUAAUAAGCUAAUUAGAGUUGGAAAAGCGGUGUUAAACAGGGAGGCAUAUUGCCAAUUAUACUACCAAAACAGUAAUUUACCAAAAAUACUGCUAGUGAAUUGAGUGGAAAAAUACUUUACUGAGAACUAUUGGAAGGCCAAUACAGGGUGUCCAGAAAUAUGAGUUCAAUAAAGAGAGACCUAACUGUAAAAGGCAGCCAUAGAGAUGCUGAUUGGGCGCGUGAGGAUGUUAUACUUGAAGCCCUUACUACAGUUGUAGAUGAAAUUGAUAUAGAUGCGAUACAACUUGCCCAAAGGAACAUUAUAAUCACCUUCAAUAACAAAGAGGCAAAAAUAGCAGCAGUUACUUUUGGCCUACACAUCAACAAUACUUUUGUGACACUUUCAGAUGUUGAAAGUAACAUAGUAAAUAUCACAUUACGUGACAUUCCAGUGGAGAUUCCAAAUAGUGUUAUAAGUGCACACUUAUCUAGAUAUGUAGAGCAUGUUGAAGACAUUAGCUAUGGUUUCGUUAAAAAAGCAGAUGGGAGCAGGUCAACUGUUAAGACAGGUGUACGAUAUAUCACAGUCUCGGGGAUCAAAUUGCCUAUACCAAACAACCCAACUAUUGGAGGAUUCCCAGGAAGAUUAUCAUAUAGAGGUCAGCCCUGUGGGCACUGCUCAGGAACUGACCAUCCGUAUUACCGUUGUCCAAAUAAAGAAAACAGACCAGGACGAGGAUGCUAUAGAUGUGGAGCCUUGACACACCAGGUAAAAGAUUGCACCAAUGCAUGGGGUAAUCAAACUGAAAAAAAGUCUACAGAAUCACCACAGACAACUGAAAAAAGUUUGUUGGAGCAAAUAAGAUUUGAUGAGCUAAGUCCAAUGGUGAAUAGAAAUGAAAAACAAAACCCCACAGCAGCUAAAGACAGUGAAAUAGACGAACACAGUUCUACAUAUAAUACAAUAGUACUUGGUGCUUCCUUGGCCAAUGCUAUGGCGAAGGACUUUAUUGACGCAGGUUUUGAAGUUAGAGCAAAAAGUGGAAAGCGGAUAGAAGAGAUCAAAGACCUGUUAAAAAGUAAACCAAUUGAAAAAGAGGACAUCGAAAAGGUUGUUAUACAAGCAGGCGCAAACAAUAUUUGUUACUAUAAUGACACACCAGAAGAGAGCGCACAGAAAUAUGACAAUCUUGUGAAGGAGAUACAUGAAAAUUUACCUAAAGCUGAAAUCUCUGUAUGCAGCCUUACACCUAUACAUCCAUGUGACAAUGCAGUGAACAAUAAGAUAAGAAAGAUGAACAAACUACUGAAAUGCAUGUGUGAGAAGCACUCAGAAUUCACAUGUUUCAUUGACAGCACAGAUGUGUUGUUAUGUAACAAUGGAAAAACAUCUGAGAGUGACUAUACUACCUCUGAUCCAAAAGGGGUUCACCUAUCCAACAAGGGGUACAGGAAGUUAAGCACAUUCAUCAAGACAAAGGUUCUGAAAACAGAGAAGACCCCUAAGAAGAGAAAAGACAGAGGAUCUGGAGGUAACACUCCAAGUUCCACAGAAAAACUUCCAAAAACAGGAAAAUUUCAGUGAUAGGUUAAGAAACCUAUAUCCCCUGUACUAAGACAUAUUGUAUAUAUUUACAAACAGUAAAUGACUCUUUUGUAUAUAAUAAUCGUCUGUAUAUAAUAAAAUAUUUUGUAUAUAUACUAUGACAAA